CUCCAAUCUAAACAUAAUAAUAACAUCAAUUUAUCGUCUGCUACUUGUCACUUUAUUGCCUUCGGCUUGACUGGUCGCAGCUCAUUCUAAUCCACACGAUUACCAAAUAAAAUGUUGUUUUACGCUCUAAUAGGAGGGUACGUUAUAACUUCUGUAUUUUUAUUCAAGUAUCCGACAUUAAUUCACAAGAAAAAAAAGGUGAAAUUCAUGUGCCAUCACAUCAGUCAUAGGGGCGGUGCCGGCGAGAGUUACGAAAAUACAAUGUGUGCAUUUAGGAGAGCUGUUGCAAUUGGAACAGAAAUGUUGGAGUUGGAUUGUCACUUAACCAGAGAUGGUCAAGUGGUCGUAUCUCAUGAUCAAAAUCUUUUACGUAGCACUGGUACAAACAGAAAUAUAUCAGAUUUGGACUACAAGGAUUUACCAUUGUUGAAACGAAACCUUCCCAUUGAUUUUGACCCAGAUAUGGAGUUUGUUGGGUCGGAGAAAGAAGAAGAAAGACGAUUCGCGCUCUUGAAAGAAGUAUUCGACGCUUUCCCAAACCUUCCAAUAAAUAUUGAUAUCAAAGUCAAUGACGAUCGGCUCAUUGCCAAAGUGUCCGAUCUUAUAAAGGAGUACAAUCGUGAAGAUUUCACUGUCUGGGGUAACUUCAGUGAUGAAAUAACUAAGAAAUGUUACAAAGCGAAUCCAAAUGUAAAUUUAUUGUUCUCCAUGCAACGUGUUACCCUACUCAUAUUUCUGAUGUACACCGGUUUACUACCAUUUGUGCCUUUGAAAGAGACUCAUCUGGAAAUAUUUCUACCAUCUAUUUAUUUGAGGCGCAAAGGUGGUCCAAGUCCAUCUUUCCUUCCAUUUGAGAAAUUAGUGGUUCGCUCGAUCAAUUUGCUACUCAUGAGACCUUGUUUGUUCAAUCACUUGCAGGCUCGUGGUAUACAUGUAUACUUUUGGGUAUUGAACAAGGAGGAUGAAUUUAAGGAAGCCUUUGACCUGGGUGCAACGGGUGUAAUGACAGAUUAUCCUACAAGGCUGAAAUUAUUUUUGCAGAAUGGUACUUCUUAAUGUACAACGACUUUUUCGUACGAUUUAUAGGCAGAGUCAACAACAGGCGUUCAUUUAACGUUUAAUGCUAUUGACAGAGAUGUUUCCUGAUCUGAAAUUACCUAUACUGCUCAACGUACUGAUAUAUGUAUUCAAAAAUUAUGAUUGUAAGGAUUUCUGUUGGCAGUUGAAUACUUUUUUUUUUUUUUUUCUAUAAAUUUGUAAAUUACGUAAUAUUUAGAGGUAAAACAUGUCCAGUUCAAAAUUACUUCACUUGGGUUAUAGAAGUGUUAUUGUAUGAUUGGAAAAAUUUUAAUUAUUUAUUGUGUAGAAUAUCUUUGAAUUGAAAUGGAUCCAAAUUUUUUAAUUGACCCACUCUACAGAGCUGGAUAAAAAUUAAGUAUACAUGUAUUAAACGGACCAUUAUACCAAAUGCGAAAUACCUGACUUUUUUAUAAAAUGUAUUCAGUUAAGUAAACAAAUUUAUAAAGUUUCUUCGGUGGCUAUGCGGUCACGCCACCAGGAUCCUAAAAUUUCAAAUCUUUUACUAAAAUCUCAGAGGCGAACAGAAAAUAGUUCACUGUUUCCAUAUAUUUUAUACAUCGAACAGUAUUGCGGAAAAUUAUGAAAAUUGACGUAGAUAUUUAGAGCAAGGUCAAAAUUAAUUCUCUAGUCUUCUUUUACCCUUAGUAAAUUUGGGUAAUUAAACAGUUUACCCAGCUCCGUUAUCAUGCAAGUAUUAGACGAAGACGUGCUGCUAGUCGGUUCAAUUUUCUACUUUCAAGUUCCUGUUUUUGAAGGCAUUUUCGCAUUUUUCCAAUAGAAAUGAAUUCUGCAGAAAUGAGAUUUUUUUUAAUUUCCAUUACCUCGACUGAUAAAUGCCGGUUGGAAUAUUCUGAAAGUAAUUUACUACAAACUGAGACUAUAAGUGGAUGAUUCGUCACACACCUUCACAGUAUAUAGCUUCGAAAUAUGAAUAAGUAUUAUGCAUAGUUACGAUACUGCCAUACUAUUUUAUUUUACCACACCCUCUUUUUAAACGCGAAGCUGCAACCAUUCAUCAAAUAGUAUAUGUAUACUAGUCCACUGCUAAGGUGGAUACUCAAAAUAGUGUUAAUUAACACAUUGUUGAUAAAGUCUGUGUCGAAUUUUAUAACUUAAGAUUAGAUUAUAAUCACAUAGUGCGAGAAAUAUGCUUCGUUUAUGUUGCCAAAGCUAUUUAUCAUACUAAUACGUACUUUAUUUCAUUAUUCUUGAUCAUCAAAAUUUAAGAAGUUAAGUGCUAUAAGUUUUAGUUAUCCGCGUUUACCUCAAAAUUAUAUAAGUAAACAAAGUGACACUAUAUAAUUCAGUGUCUUGUAAAUACAUCCGAUAUUAUAUGAAGUCAUAUUGUUCGCUAUUAUCAGACAAGUAUAGUUGAGAAAGUAUUAUUCAAUUACAAAAUUUAAAUAGAACCUGUAUUGUGGUGGUACAAUAAGAGGAUAACAAAGACUCCCUUUCCAAUUAGGUGAUCAAUAUGUAUCCAGUCUCUGUCAUAGAUUCUAUAACUGUAAGUGUUUAUUAUAAUCAUUUGUGUACUUUUGGUUUUUGGUAUCUCGGAUGUAACUUAUACUUCCUUCUUGCACAAUGAUAUAUUAAGAACAAAAUUUCCUUAAAGUGGUACAUUGCCAUUGUAUAUUACUCAAGUAACUCGAAAUCAUAAUAAAAUAUACUAUUAUAAAGCAAGAAAAAAAAUGAACAGAUAAAUAAAAUAAUUGGUUAAUUAAAUACAAAAUGAGGGCUUCCACAUGCCUUUUAACCCGUGAAAAUCGUAUUUCUCAAUACAAUCACGUAAAUGAAAGCCAAAAGUACAUAAUUAUAUUGUUAUAAUAAGUGAAAUAAAUAAUUUGUGGCUGUUGAUUCGUUGUGGAAUGAUCUUUGAAAUUUGGAGCAAUGGACUCACGUUUUUAAAAUAAUCUUUCUCCUAUGUCUAUUCAAAAGUCAAGGAGAUUAGCGUAUUUUCAUAAUAUAUAAGUGUAUUUAUACAAAACUUAAAUAUGCUACCUAGUUUCACUUUGAAUCCACCAUGAACUUUAGCUUUUAUGACAUGGAUUACUUCAAUAUUAAUCGAAAAAAUGUAUUAUUAAAUAAGUAUGAAUCGUUGUUACUUGUAAAUGCAUUUCUGCAUUCAUCCAAAUGUAAAUGAGUAUAAUAAUUGUUAUAUUUGAAAUUAAUAGAUACAAGCCAAAUUUAUUUAUUGGGUUUAUUAUCAAUAAAUAAAUCCAUAGAAACACAUGGCCAUGCAAAUACUAAUUAUAUUUUUGGUGGUAGAACACAAUAUCAAUUGUGUAAAUAUACAUUUUCUAUUUGCCAGUUUUUUUCAAUCACCACUACAGUUGGCUUGUAUCGUAAUUUUGAAUGUUUUGUCAUUGAAUGUAUCCUCUAAUUGCUAGAAGAUAUUGAUUCUAAUUACCCUGAGAUUUCGUUGUUAUGGACAAAACCUUUUCGUAGUAUACCAAAAAACUUAUUGAACUUUAAAAACUUUGUAUACUAAGGAGCAAUGCAACAAGCUAAUUGAGAAUAUUUCUUUCACUUUAUCGUGAUUGCUUCGACAUAUUACAACUGGUUGUAGGAUUGCUUAAAAACAGCUUGUAAUUAACUUUCUACAUACCACAUCAAUGGAGCAUAAGUUUCAAUCUCCUUAUAUACUGUUGACAAGUAGCCUAAUGAGAAAUCCCUUGAUUAUUUGCUUGUAUUUGCAUUUAUUUCUAUAAACUCUCCAAAUAUCUGUAUUUUCGACAAGUAAAAUUGUAGGAGUUGAAUAAAUCAUGCAAAUGAAUAAAUUGUCUGAAAACUGAACAGUAUUGGCGAUUUCUUUAAUCUGCAAGAUAUACAGAUUUUGGGAUCAACAUACACAAAACAGAAUAACCAAUUAUCCAGGUUCAGGAAGUCUUUCAGAGUAAUUGUAAGUGUUAUUAAAUCGGUUUAUAUGUAUAAUCGAGGUCAUAUUUUUAUCUGUUCAAUCAUGAUAUAAUGCUUCAAAAUUAUCAGCACUACGUGGAUACCUGAUGCAAUUAUCAAUGUCCUUUGUGACUUCAUUAUUCAUGAUACCGUUAUUAUCCGUUUUGAUUUAAAAAGUGAUAUAAAAGAUUGUAUAAAUGUAUCAAAUCUUCUAAGUAUAAUAAAGUAUAGAUUCUCCUA